UAUAAAAAUGCAUUUUCUUAUUUAUUACCACAAAAUAUAAAAAUUGACCCAAACAAAAUCCGCCUAAAAGGAUUCAACGCUCAAUGAGUUCCUUAACACCUCUGCCUCAUCUCCCGCCAAAUUCAAACUUCCCCAAUUCCAACUCAAAUCGCCGCAAGAACACGAUUUUCCACCUGCAAAAUUGCAGAAAUCUCGAUCAAAUCGCUCCAAUCCAUACUAACAUCAUAAAAAACGGCCAAGAACACGACCAUUUCAUCGCGUUCGAGCUUCUCCGAGCUUGCUCCAGAUUCGACGCCAUUGAUUAUGCAAUCAAGGUUUUCCGUCGAACAAGGCAGCCGAAUGUCUACGUGUACACCGCCCUCAUCGAUGCGCUCGUGGCGGCCGGGUCGCAUCAUCGCGCUAUCACUUCGUAUGUGCAGAUGAUCGAGAAUUCCGUAUAUCCAGACAAUUUCGUCAUUAAUUCUGUGUUGAAGGCGUGUGGGCUGGAACUCGAUUUGGGGAUCGGUAAACAAAUACACUGCCAUGGUUUGAAGCUCGGGUUAUGUUCGAAUCGGCAGGUUAAAUUGAAGCUGAUGGAGCUAUAUGGAAAAUGCGCAAAAUUUGAUGAGAUGCAGAAGCUGUUCGACGAAAUGCCUGAAAGAGAUGUUGUUGCUAUGACAGUGAUGAUUUCAUCCUACCUCGAACAUAGAUUGGUCGAAAGGGCUUGUGUUGCUUUCGAUCUAGUGGAGGUUAAGGAUGCGGUUUGCUGGACAACGAUGAUUGAUGGGCUUGUGAGAAACGAAGAAAUGAGUAAGGCGUUGGAGUGUUUUAGGCGGAUGCAGAGGGAAGGCGUGAGAGCUAACGAAGUCACAGCCGUCUGCAUGCUAUCCGCUUGCGCACAUUUGGGAGCUCUGGAGCUCGGAAAAUGGGUUCAUUCAUACAUCAAAAAGUGUUAUAUUAAGGUUAAUCACUUUGUUGCUUCUGCUUUGAUCACUAUGUAUUCGAGGUGUGGAAGCAUCGAGGAGGCGGAGAGUGUGUUUUUGGAGGCGAAAGAGAAAGAAGUGAGCACUUACAACUCCAUGAUUGCUGGUUUCGCGUUGAAUGGGAAAACCAUGGAGGCAAUUGAGAUGUUUCAAACAAUGGUGAAUGAAGGAAUAAGGCCAACAAGCAUUACCUUUGUUGGUGUGCUUAAUGCUUGUAGCCAUGGUGGUUUCGUGGAUGUCGGGCUCAAGAUCUUCGAGAGCAUGGAAAAUGACUACGGUUUGGAGCCAAGAGUCGAGCACUACGGAUGCUUGAUUGAUCUAUUAGGCCGGGCGGGGAGAGUGCACGAGGCUUACGAGCUUAUUCAAGAAACGAGAGUUGCACCGGAUCAUAUAAUGUUGGGGUCGCUCUUGAGCUCGUGCAAAGCUCAUAGGGCGUUCGAGUUGGGGGAGAAGGUUGUUAAAACACUUCUUGCUCAUGAAUUUUCCGAAUCUUGUGAUGCAGGGACGUACAUCCUCGUCUCCAACUUCUACUCGUCUUGGGGGAAGUGGGACGAGGCUCUGCUAGCUCGUGCAGAGUUGAGGAAGAAGGGCGUGGAGAAGGAGCCCGGGAGCAGCUCCAUUGAAGUGGGUGGCGAGAUCCACGAGUUCCUCCUAGGCGACUCGAGCCAUCCUCGGAGGGAAGAGAUCUACGCGAAGAUGGAAGAGAUGGAUCAGAAAUUGCGCGGAGAGGGCUACCAUCCGCGGAUAGAUGGCGUGUUGCAAGACGUGGGGGAUCGAGAGAAGGCACGGGCUCUGGCCAUACAUAGCGAGAGGCUUGCUUUAUGCUAUGGGCUGAUAUCGAGUGAAGAAGGCUCUAGUUUGAGAAUUGUGAAGAAUUUGAGAGUUUGUGAUGAUUGUCAUGCGAUGAUCAAGCUCGUUUCGAAGGUCAGUGGCCGGAAGAUUGUGAUGAGAGAUCGGAAUAGGUUUCAUCAUUUCGAAAAUGGGAGGUGUUCUUGUGGAGAUUAUUGGUAGAAGAAGGUUGAUACUUGAGCUCCUAGAUGCAUUCUUGAACUUGUGAGUUUGUGUUGAAGCUUUAGUUGAAUACUAGGCGGAUGUGUGUCAAAGGGCCCCGGCCCGGGUCGGUCCAAUACUCCGAUGGUCCGAGGAACGGGCCAGCCGGCCCAAAUUUUAGUGCCCCUAGAGAGUUUUUUCGGGCUGGGCUGACCGGUAGAAUUGCGGUCCAAAAAAAGCUCGAAUUGGCUUGAGCGGUCUGGUUUCCCCUUGGCCUAGUGGGCUUAGGCCCGGUCCGACCCAUUUGACAGUGUACUCGAUGAGAUACAAGUGUUUAUUACUCGAUCUCAAUUGAUUAGUUUUUUUUACACGAUUAUUUAAAAGGAUAAGAUUGUAGUGUAAAAGUGUUGAAUCAUAUUUAAUAUAAUAUAAAGUAUAUUAGUAUAAA